AUGAUGUCAGUAGUUACAUUUACCUGGUCAGGUCCUCGCUGAAACCUUAUCCUUUUGUAAACAGUGACCCUGUCUUGAACAGAAGUUCAAAGUUCACCUGUAACGGUGUCUCACCUGGGGCGUACAGGUGUACGUCGUCAUGGCGGAGGCCGUACUCAGCCAGAUUUCGGGCGACUUUCUGGAGUGUACGAUCUGCCUGGAGCCCUAUAAGGACCCCAAGAUCCUGCCGUGUCUUCACACCUUCUGUAAGACCUGUCUUGAGAAGUUUGUAGCGAAACAAGGUGAGGCGAAGGACAGGUUUUCGUGUCCAACAUGUCGGAUCGAAACUGUACUUCCGGAGGGCGGUGUCGCCGGGCUCAAAAACAACUUCUUUGUCCUGAGCUUGAGGGACACCGUCGACGCUCACAAGAGUGCAGCUACUAUAGCUAGUGUGGAAGAUGACAAAGUGUCUUGUGAUGUCUGUGAAGAAGAAGUGGCUACUUGUGGCUGUGUUGUGUGUGAAGAGUUCUUGUGUGACGAAUGUGCUCGAGCCCAUCGUCGUGCCAAACGUACACGUGACCAUGAAGUCAUCGGAGUAGCGGGAUUAAAAGAGCAGCUGAUCACCAAGACCUCAUCGGUCAAGUCGACAUCACUGCCGAUGUGUCCAAAACAUGAAGGCGAGAAGCUUAAGUUCUACUGUGAGACGUGCCAGAGUCCCAUCUGCCGGGACUGCACGGUACUGCAACACAAAGACCACAAGUACGGCUACCUGACAGACGUUGUGAGUGACGUCAGGGCAAAGAUCAAAGAGAAGUUGAAAUCUGCGAGGCCGAAAAUUGAGAAAUACCGAGACGCUGCAGGGGUCGUAGCUGAGAAGCAAGCAGAACUGGACACCAGGAGCAAGAAAGCUGCAGACGACAUCGAUGCAGCUGCGGAGGAAGAGAUCAAGUACUACACUGGCAUUGUCAGACGCAAGCAGACUGAACUGAAAGAAAAGUUAGCGGCCGUCACAGCAGCCCGUUCCAAGCAGCUCUCUGCCACAGCAGACAGUGUUGAGAGCACCUUAGGCUGUCUGUCCAGCACAGUGGACUUCUCACAGAAAGUCGUAGAGCAUGGCAGUGACUUUGACGUCAUGAACGUGUACUCUGACGUCACGGCCCGGCUCGAGUCUCUGCUGAAAGGUCCAACCCCGGACAUUCCUGGCGUCAUCAGUUACGUCAGGUUUGAGCCUUGGAGGGAAAAGAAAGAAACGGAAAUUACACUUGGUGACAUUGUGGAUUCCACCUUUGGACCUGCAAAGUUGACCACCCUGGGCGCCAGCGGCCGUCUGGGACCCACUACCCUGGGUACCCACUACAGGGGACAGGACCAUGAACACCUGGUGACGCUACAUGACGGGAUACAACACUUCACUGUACCGCGGAAGGGAACGUACAGCAUAGAGGCAGCGGGUGCUGCUGCAGGGUGGGGUGUGAACAACCCGAAGUCCGUCCGAGGACGGGGUGCCGUACUGAGGGGAACAUUCAACCUCAAACAAGGUGAGACUCUGAAGCUCCUGGUGGGACAAGAAGGUGCUGAGAACAGGUCACGCUGGAGUGUAGGAGGAGGGGGCGGUACGUUUGUCACCAGGGGAGACAACACGCCACUCAUUAUCGCCGGGGGUGGGGGAGGGGCAGGGUAUGGGCUAUCCACCCAUAACCCCCUGUGUGACGGGACUGUGUCCACUACUGGUAACAAGAGUUAUGGAGAAACUGGUUGUAGUGGAGGAUCUAACGGACAGGGGGCGACAGGAUGGAAGGCAAAGUUGACCACCCUGGGCGCCAGCGGCCGUCUGGGACCCACUACCCUGGGUACCCACUACAGGGGACAGGACCAUGAACACCUGGUGACGCUACAUGACGGGAUACAACACUUCACUGUACCGCGGAAGGGAACGUACAGCAUAGAGGCAGCGGGGUGGGGUGUGGGAAACCCGAAGUCCGCCCGAGGACGGGGUGCCGUACUGAGGGGAACAUAUAACCUCAAACAAGGAGAAACUCUGAAGAUCCUGGUGGGACAAGAAGGUGCUGAGAACAAGUCGUACUGGGGUGUAGGAGGAGGGGGCGGUACGUUUGUCACCAGGGGAGACAACACGCCACUCAUUAUCGCCGGGGGUGGGGGAGGGGCGGGGGUCGGACUGCAGACUCAUAACCCCCUGUGUGACGGGACUGUGUCCACUACUGGUAACAAGAGUUAUGGAGGAACUGGUUGUAGUGGAGGAUCUAACGGACAGGGGGCGACAGAAUGGAAGGAUGAAUACAUGGGUGGGGGAGGGGGAGGGCUGUUGACGGAUGGAGGGAGUUCUAAACAGUUUAAAGGCAACAGUUGUCAGUACGGUGGGGAAGGUGGGAAGGCGUUUGUGAAUGGCGGGGUUGGAGGGCGUGAGGCAUGUAAUAAUGCUGAUGGUGGGUUUGGUGGAGGGGAGGGAGUUAUGGAAACGGUGGUGGAGGAGGUGGGGGAGGGGGGUACUCAGGGGGAGGCAGGGGAGAGGAUCGUGAACCAAAUGGCGGAGGAGGAGGCGGUUCGUUUAACUCCGGUGUACGUCGUCAUGGCGGAGGCCGUAGUCAGCCAGAUUUCCGGCGACUUUCUGGAGUGUACGAUCUGCCUGGAGCCCUAUAAGGACCCCAAGAUCCUGCCGUGUCUUCACACCUUCUGUAAGGACUGUCUGGAGAAGUUUGUAGCGAAACAAGGUGAGGGGAAGGACAGGUUUCCGUGUCCAACAUGUCGGAUCGAAACUGUACUUCCGGAGGGCGGUGUCGCCGGGCUCAAAAACAACUUCUUUGUCCUGAGCUUGAGGGAUACCGUCGACGCUCACAAAAGUGUAGCUAGUGUGGAAGAUGACAAAGUGUCUUGUGAUGUAUGUGAAGAAGAAGUGGCUAGCUGUGGCUGUGUUGUGUGCGAAGAGUUCUUGUGUGAGGAAUGUGCUCGUGCCCAUCGUCGUGCCAAACGUACACGUGACCAUGAAGUCAUCGGAGUGGCGGAAUUAAAAGAGCAGCUGAUCACCAAGACGUCAUCGGCCAAGUCAAGAUCUCUGCCGAUGUGUCCAAAACAUGAAGACGAGAAGCUGAAGUUCUACUGUGAGACGUGUCAGAGUCCCAUCUGCCGGGACUGCACGGUACUGCAGCACAAAGACCACCAGUACGGCUACCUGACAGACGUUGUGAGUGACGUCAGGGCAAAGAUCAAAGAGAAGUUGAAAGCUGCGAGGCCGAAAAUUGAGAAAUACCGAGACGCUGCAGGGGUCGUAGCUGAGAAUCAGACAGAACUGGACACCAGGAGUAAGAAAGCUGCAGACGACAUCGAUGCAGCUGCGGAGGAAGAAAUCAAGUACUACACUGGCCUUGUCAGACGCAAACAGACUGAACUGAAAGAAAAGUUAGCUGCCGUCACAGCAGCCCGUUCCAAGCAGCUCUCUGCUACAGCAGACAGUGUUGAGAGCACCUUAGGCUGUCUGUCCAGCACAGUGGAGUUCUCACAGAAAGUCGUGGAGCAUGGCAGUGACUUUGACGUCAUGAACGUGUACUGUGACGUCACGGCCCGGCUGGAGUCUCUGCUGAAAGGUCCAACCCCGGACAUUCCUGACGACAUCAGUUACGUCAGGUUUGAGCCCAAGACGGAAAGGAAAGAAAGGGAAAUCAUCCUUGGCGACAUUGUCGAUCGCUGCAUGAUGACGUUCACCACCCUGGGCGCCAGCGGCCGUCUGGGCCCCACUACCCUGGGUACCCACUACAGGGGACAGGACCAUGAACACCUGGUGACGCUACAUGACGGGAUACAGCACUUCACUGUACCGGGGACGGGAACGUACAACAUAGAGGCAGCGGGUGCUGCUGCAGGGUGGGGUCUAUACAACCCGAUGUCCGCCCGAGGACGGGGUGCCGUACUGAGGGGAACAUUUAACCUCAAACAAGGUGAAACUCUGAAGAUCCUGAUGGGACAGAAGGUGCUGAGAACAGGGCGUAACUGGAGUGUAGGAGGAGGGGGCGGUACAUUUGUUCGACCAGGGGGAGGACAACACGCCCCGUCAUUAUCGCCGGGGGUGGGGGAGGGGGAGGGAGGGAACUACAGACCCGAUAACCCCCUGUGUGACGGGACUGUGUCCACUACUGGUAACAUGAGUUGUGGAGGAACUGGUUGUAGUGGAGGAUCUAACGGACAGGGGGCGACAGAAUGGAAGGGUAACUUCAUGGGUGGGGGAGGGGGAGGGCUGCUGACGGAUGGAGGGAGUUCUAAACCGUUAGGAGGCGACAGUUGUGAGAAGGGUGGGGAAGGUGGGAAGGCAUUUGUGAAUGGCGGGGUUGGAGGGCGUGGGCAAUAUCAUAAUGCUGAUGGUGGGUUUGGUGGAGGGGGAGGGAGUUAUGGAUACCAUGGUGGAGGAGGUGGGGGAGGGGGGUACUCAGGGGGAGGCAGGGCAGAGAAUUAUAGCCCAAAUGGCGGAGGAGGCGGCGGUUCGUUUAACUCCGGUACUGACACGAGCGGCGUACAGGUGUACGUCGUCAUGGCGGAGGCCGUACUCAGCCAGAUUUCGGGCGACUUUCUGGAGUGUACGAUCUGCCUGGAGCCCUACAAGGACCCCAAGAUCCUGCCGUGUCUUCACACCUUCUGUAAGGACUGUCUGGAGAAGUUUGUAGCGAAACAAGGUGAGGCGAAGGACAAGUUUCCGUGUCCAACAUGUCGGAUCGAAACUGUACUUCCGGAGGGCGGUGUCGCCGGGCUCAAAAACAACUUCUUUGUCCUGAGCUUGAGGGACACCGUCGACGCUCACAAGAGUUUGGUUAGCAAGGAGGAUGACAAAGUGCCUUGUGAUGUCUGUGAAGAAGUGGCUAACGGUGGCUGUGUUGUGUGUGAAGAGUUCUUGUGUGACGAAUGUGCUCGAGUCCACCGUCGUGCCAAGCGUACGCGUGGUCAUGAAGUCAUCGGCGUGGCAGAGUUAAAAGAGCAGCUGAUCACAAAAACACCCUCAGUAAACUCAAGAUCUCUGCCUAUGUGUCCAAAACAUGAAGACGAGAAGCUAAAGUUCUACUGUGAGACGUGCCAGAGUCCCAUCUGCCGGGACUGCACGGUACUGCAGCACAAAGACCACAAGUACGGCUUGCUGGCAGACGUUGUGGGUGACGUCAGGGAAAAGAUCAAAGAGAAGUUGGAAGCUGCCAGGCCGAUAAUUAAGGAAUACCGAGGCGCUGCAGAAGUCGUAGCUGAGAAGCAAGAAGAACUGGACACCAGGAGUAAGAAAGCUGCAGACGACAUCGAUGCAGCUGCGGAGGAAGAGAUCAAGUACUACACUGGCCUUGUCAGACGCAAACAGACUGAACUGAAAGAAAAGUUAGCGGCCGUCACAGCAGCCCGUUCUAAGCAGCUCUCUGCUACAGCAGACAGUGUUGAGAGCACCUUAGGCUGUCUGUCCAGCACAGUGGACUUCUCACAGAAAGUCGUGGAGCAUGGCAGUGACUUUGACGUCAUGAACGUGUAUUCUGACGUCACGGCCCGGCUGGAGUCUCUGCUGAAAGGUCCAACCCCGGACAUUCCUGACGACAUCAGUUACGUCAAGUUUGAGCCUAGGAGGAAAAGGAAAGAAAAGGAAAUCUUCUUUGGUGACAUUGUGGAAGUUCAAAGUUCACCUGUAACGGUAUCUCACCUGAAGCGUACAGGUGUCAUGGCGGAGGCCGUUCUCAGCCAGAUUUCGGGUGACUUUCUGGAGUGUACGAUCUGCCUGGAGCCCUACAAGGACCCCAAGAUCCUGCCGUGUCUUCACACCUUCUGUAAAGGCUGUCUGGAGAAGUUUGUAGCGAAACAAAGUAAAUCAAAGGACAAGUUUCCGUGUCCAACAUGUCGGAUCGAAACUGUACUUCCGGAGGGCAGUGUCGCCGGGCUCAAAAACAACUUCUUUGUCCUGAGUUUGAGGGACACCGUUGACGCUCACAAGAGUUUGGUUAGCAAGGAGGAUAACAAAGUGUCUUGUGAUGUCUGUGAAGAAGAAGUGGCUACUUCUGGCUGUGUUGUGUGUGAAGAGUUCUUGUGUGACGAAUGUGCUCGUGCCCAUCGUCGUGCCAAACGUACACGUGACCAUGAAGUCAUCGGAGUGGCGGAAUUAAAAGAGCAACUGAUCACCAAGACGUCAUCAGCCAAGUCAAGAUCUCUGCCGAUGUGCCCAAAACAUGAAGACGAGAAGCUGAAGUUCUACUGUGAGACGUGCCAGAGCCCCAUCUGCCGGGACUGCACGGUACUGCAGCACAAAGACCACAAGUACGGCUUGCUGGCAGAUGUUGUGAGUGACGUCAGGGCAAAGAUCAAACACAAUCUUGCAGCUGCCAGGCCGAAAAUGAAGGAAUACCGAGACGCUGCAGGGUUCGUAGCUGAGAAGCAAGCAGAACUGGACACCAGGAGUAAGAAAGCUGUAGACGACAUCGAUGCAGCUGCGGAGGAAGAGAUCAAGUACUACACUGGCCUUGUCAGACGCAAGCAGACUGAACUGAAAGAAAAGUUAGCGGCCGUCACAGCAGCCCGUUCCAAGCAGCUCUCUGCUACAGCAGACAGUGUUGAGAGCACCUUAGGCUGUCUGUCCAGCACAGUGGACUUCUCACAGAAAGUCGUGGAGCAUGGCAGUGACUUUGACGUCAUGAACGUGCACUCUGACGUCACGGCCCGGCUGGAGUCUCUGCUGAAAUGUCCAACCCCGGACAUUCCUGACGACAUCAGUUACGUCAGGUUUGAUCCUAGGACGGAAAGGGAGGAAAGGGAAAUGAUCCUUGGUGACAUCGUCGAAUUUGGACCUGCCAAGUUGACCACCCUGGGCGCCAGCGGCCGUCUGGGCCCCACUACCCUGGGUACCCACUACAGGGGACAGGACCAUGAACACCUGGUGACGCUACAUGACGGGAUACAACACUUCACUGUACCGCGGACGGGAACGUACAGCAUAGAGGCAGCGGGUGCUGCUGCAGGGUGGGGUGAGUGCAACCCGGUGUCCGCCCUAGGACGGGGUGCCGUACUGAGGGGAACAUUUAACCUCAAACAAGGUGAAACUCUGAAGAUCCUGGUGGGACAAGAAGGUGCUGAGAACAAGGAUUACUGGAAUGUAGGAGGGGGCGGUACAUUUGUCACCAGCGGAGACAACAAGCCACUCAUUAUCGCCGGGGGUGGGGGAGGGGCAGGGUUGGGACUACGGACCCAUAACCCCCUGUGUGACGGGACUGUGUCCAGUACUGGUAACAAGAGUUAUGGGGGAUCUGGUUGUAGUGGAGGAUCUAACGGACAGGGGGCGACAGAAUGGAAGGGUAACUGCAUGGGUGGGGGAGGGGGAGGGCUGCUGACGGAUGGAGGGAGUUCUAAACAGUUUGGAGGGGAGAGUUGUGAGCUCGGUGGGGAAGGUGGGAAGGCGUUUGUGAAUGGCGGGGUUGGAGGACGUGGGAACUUCAAUAAUGCUGAUGGUGGAUUUGGUGGAGGGGGAGGGAGUUAUGGGUGGGGUGGUGGAGGAGGUGGGGGAGGGGGGUACUCAGGGGGAGGCAGGGGAGAGUGCUGUAACCCAAAUGGCGGAGGAGGCGGCGGUUCGUUUAACUCCGGUACUGACACGAGCGGUCAGGAUGGUGCAAACAAAGGACCCGGGUAUGUGGUCAUCACCAGACAGGCACAAGCUCUAGAAGUUCAAAGUUCACCUGUAACGGUAUCUCACCUGAAGCGUACAGGUGUCAUGGCGGAGGCCGUUCUCAGCCAGAUUUCGGGUGACUUUCUGGAGUGUACGAUCUGCCUGGAGCCCUACAAGGACCCCAAGAUCCUGCCGUGUCUUCACACCUUCUGUAAGGACUGUCUGGAGAAGUUUGUAGCGAAACAAAGUAAAUCAAAGGACAAGUUUCCGUGUCCAACAUGUCGGAUCGAAACUGUACUUCCGGAGGGCAGUGUCGCCGGGCUCAAAAACAACUUCUUUGUCCUGAGUUUGAGGGACACCGUUGACGCUCACAAGAGUUUGGUUAGCAAGGAGGAUAACAAAGUGUCUUGUGAUGUCUGUGAAGAAGAAGUGGCUACUUGUGGCUGUGUUGUGUGUGAAGAGUUCUUGUGUGACGAAUGUGCUCGUGCCCACCGUCGAGCCAAACGUACACGUGACCAUGAAAUCAUCGGAGUGGCAGAGCUAAAAGAACAACUGAUCACCAAGACGUCAUCGGUCAAGUCGACAUCACUGCCGAUGUGUCCAAAACAUGAAGACGAGAAGCUGAAGUUCUACUGUGAGACGUGCCAGAGCCCCAUCUGCCGAGACUGCAAGGAUCUGCAGCACAAAGACCACAAGUACGGCUUGCUGGCCGACGUUGUGAGUGACGUCAGGGCAAAGAUCAAAGGCAAACUCGCAGCUGCGAGGCCGAAAAUUGAGGAAUACCGAGACGCUGCAAGUGUCGCAGCUAAUAAGCAAGCAGAACUCAACACUAAUAGUAAGAAAGCUGCAGACGACAUCGAUGCAGCUGCGGAGGAAGAGAUCAAGUACUACACUGGCCUUGUUAGACGCAAGCAGACCGAACUGAAAGAAAAUUUAGCGGCCGUCACAGCAGCCCGUUCCAAGCAGCUCUCUGCUACAGCAGACAGUGUUGAGAGCACCUUAGGCUGUCUGUCCAGCACAGUGGACUUCUCACAGAAAGUCGUGGAGCAUGGCAGUGACUUUGACGUCAUGAACGUGUACUGUGACGUCACGGCCCGGCUGGAGUCUCUGCUGAAAGGUCCAACCCCGGACAUUCCUGACGACAUCAGUAACGUCAGGUUUGAUCCUAGGACGGAAAGGGAGGAAAGGGAAAUGAUCCUUGGCGACAUUGUCGACUCUUACUUCCGAACUGCCAAGUUGACCACCCUGGGCGCCAGCGGCCGUCUGGGCCCCACCACCCUGGGUACCCACUACAGGGGACAGGACCAUGAACACCUGGUGACGCUACAUGACGGGAUACAACACUUCACUGUACCGGGGACGGGAACGUACAGCAUAGAGGCAGCGGGUGCUGCUGCAGGGUGGGGUGUGAAGAACCCGAAGUCCGCCCGAGGACGGGGUGCCGUACUGAGGGGAACAUUUAACCUCAAACAAGGUGAAACUCUGAAGAUCCUGGUGGGACAAGAAGGUGCUGAGAACAAAGAAUACUGGAGUGUAGGAGGAGGGGGCGGUACAUUUGUCACCAGGGGAGACAACACGCCACUCAUUAUCGCCGGGGGUGGGGGAGGGGCAGGGUAUGGACUAAAGACCCAUAACCCCCUGUGUGACGGGACUGUGUCCACUACCGGUAACAUGAGUUGUGGAGGAACUGGUUGUAGUGGAGGAUCUAACGGACAGGGGGCGACAAAAUGGAAGGCUCCCUACAUGGGUGGGGGAGGGGGAGGGCUGCUGACGGAUGGAGGGAGUUCUAAACAGUUUAAAGGCAACAGUUGUCAGUACGGUGGGGAAGGUGGGAAGGCGUUUGUGAAUGGCGGGGUUGGAGGGCGUGGGACAUGUAAUAAUGCUGAUGGUGGGUUUGGUGGAGGGGGAGGGAGUUAUGGGGAGGGUGGUGGAGGAGGUGGGGGAGGGGGGUACUCAGGGGGAGGCAGGGGAGAGGAUCGUGACCAAAAUGGCGGAGGAGGCGGCGGUUCGUUUAACUCCGGUACUGAAACGAGCGGUCAGGAUGGGGCAAACGAUGGACCCGGGUAUGUGGUCAUCACCAGACAGGUGUAGAUACAGUUUACUGAAAAGUAACGUUUGUAGUCACCAUCUUAAGAGGAGUGAAGAUGAACAUGCUAUCAUAUAACAAGUACCGCCUAUCCAUAGAGCAGUGUUGCUGGGCUUCUUUAGGAGCUCAGACAGGCGUAAUUACUAGUAGGGACUUUGCAUGUGUUUACAUAAUAAUAAGCCUUCAACUGUGAUAUUCUGGCUAACUGUACCGAAAUAACAUUUCAACUCGGAAUGAUGACUUUAAGUUGUACAAUAUACAAGUUGAAAGCCCUGAGUAUGAUCUACUUGAAAGUAAUAGGGGUAAGAGAAUGGAUAU